AUGUCUAAUUUAGAUAUUGGAGGAAACCCAGUUGAAGUUUUUGAGAUGGAAGCUAAAGAAAACUGCUUAACAAGCAAUGAAGCACGGAUUAACAAGUGUACAAGAUAUCAAGAUUCUGUUCUGGGCAUCUCUGAAGUGGUUGUAAGUGGUAAUUUUGAUGAAAAAUUAGUUGGGAUUACAAGGUCAGAAACUUCUCAGUUGAUAGCAGAAGAAAAUAAAUUACAAGUGCUCUUGCAACAAAAGCAGAAUCUUGAAGAAUUUGCGAUCCAGACGGGAGAAAAAGAAGUCAAACCACUGGGAGAGAACUCCAAUCAAGCUGAAGAACUGAAAGAAGAAACAUAUGUGAGAAGCGGAUCCAAGGCAAUGGGUUUUAUGAGAGAUGGUAAAGUAAGUGCAGAAGAUAGUGGAAUGUGUAUUUCAAGGAUGAAUUCCCAGAAACAAGAAUCAAAUCCUUGGACUAAUGCUGAUAAUGGUGUUGGAGAGUACACUCCCAAAGUUACUGACAAUUCUCAGUCAAUGGGAUCAAAUCUUGGGAGUUUUGGAUCAAUGAGGAAAGAAAAAGAGUGGAGGAGGACAUUGGCAUGCAAGCUUUUCGAGGAGAGACACAAUGAGAAUGGAGGUGAAGGAAUGGAUUUGCUUUGGGAGACAUAUGAGACUGAUUCUAUGAAGAUGCAGGCAAAAAGCAACACAAAGAAGGGAAAAAAAGGAAGUGUUGAGUACUAUUAUGAUGAUGAUGAUGAAGAGGAAGAGAGUAAUGGGCAACUAUGUUGCUUGCAGGCUCUCAAGUUCUCAGCUGGGAAGAUGAGUUUGGGAAUGGGAAGGCCUAAUCUUGUCAAGAUCUCCAAGGCCCUGAAGGGGAUUGGAUGGUUGCACCAUGUGAACAAGAAGAAGGUUUACCAUUAA